AGAAAACCGUGAUGUGCAGUUACCGCUUUCAUCUGGUUUUACCUGGAUUUUCAGUGAGCAGAAAUUGUAAACAGAAGUCUUAUUGUUGUUCUGCAGAGUUUUCAGUAAUGGGAAUUAUAUGGGACUACAUUGCUGUAUCCGGGCGUUUAAACCGACUGAUCCCGCUGCAGGAAAGCGAUGGAAGGGGUUUCUUCCUUUAAGGUCAGACUUGUCGGUUCUCCUGCCAACACAUCCUCCCUCCAACCUGUGGGGUUUCUGCAUCUCCUCCAGAGUUAUCAUUGUGACUGAAUGAGUGAGCUGGGUUCUCUGGCAGCAGGUUCAGACAUGGGGCGGCAUUUCUACAGCGAGGUCCACAUCCAGAGUCCCUUGCAUCAAGUUCUGGCUGCUUUCUGGCAGCGCUACCCAAACCCUUACAGCACUCAUGUCCUCACCGAGGAUGUCCUCUACCGAGAGGUCACCCCUGGAAACCACUUGUUGUCGCGGAGACUGCUUACAAAAACCAAUCGGCUGCCUGGAUGGGCGGAGUGCAUCUUCCCCGCCCACUCGGCCCGGGCCGUCUACGUCCUGGAGGACUCCAUCGUAGACCCGGAAGCCAACACGCUGAUCGUUAAGACCUGGAACCUGAACCACAACACCAUGAUGACGGUGGUGGAGUGCUGCAUGUUUGAACAGGACUGCAGUCGGCCUACUUGGACCAAACUGAAGCGGGAAGCCUGGAUCUCCUCAUCUGUAUACGGACUGGCCCGGCCCAUACAGGAGUUUGGGCUUGCCCGGUUUAAAAGUAACCAAGCUAAAGCCAUGCGGGGUCUGGAGCACGCUCUGUCCAGGAUACAGACUGAAGCUCCUUCCCAUCUCUAUGACGACCAGGGAGAGUCACCAGAGAAGCAAAAGCCCCUCCCACCACAAGCCCCUCCCACUUCUUCUAAGAAACCCAAUCAGUUUGUUUGAACCUGAGCUGUUAAUCGAUAAAAAA